AUGAGCUCUUGGACACCCAACCUAGCGGCUUGGGUGCUGGUGGUCGCCAUUUUGUCGAAAAGUUCAACCGCAGCACCGCAGGCUGCAUCUCUAGUCAAUGCCUUGUCACCAGUCUCUGCAUCAGGAACUUCACCAAGGUCUGCGGUGGUACGGCUUCCGCAAGCUCCUUCCCCUGACCUAGCAACCUCCGAUGAUGUGCCCUAUCCAACCUUGCCAGCAAAUUGGAAUAUUACUGCCAAUAUCACCAACCUUCUCGGUACGCGUUUAUACGGCUGGAUAGGCUGUAGUCCGGACGAUAGGACCAAGAUCAGGGAGGCCUAUGAUGAUUUUCAUUUUCUCGCCGACCAGCCAGAGAUCACUUCAGGGUUUACGGACGGUGUACUUAGGCCCGGGAUUGAUUGGACAGAUCAAGCAGCAAAAGACUAUUGGGGACCUACGACAGGAAAGAACAAGGUUUCAGACAAUGACAGGAAUGGAAUCCAGAGUGAGCUCGUGGUCCCACAAAACUCGCUUCUGGAAGGAAUGUCCCCUUCAUAUCACACUGGAUCAAGGUCCACUGCAGCAGCACAACCAAAUCCGAUGGAGAUCCUGAUGAUAUCUGUCGCGACAGGGGAACCAGUGAUCAAUGCGCUAGGGGGUCGUGCACCCCUAGUCCCGAUCCAGAUGACCCCAGAAUCUUCGCGUACUCCAACAACAAUCAGCCGGGCGGGUAUGAUGACAUGGUCUUCUGCCGACAAUUUUUUUGCUUUACCAGAUCUGGAUACGGCCGUCGUCCCUGGUAUUCGGAACGGUGACAAAAACUUGAACCAGUACGACAACCGAGCACGAGUGUUCUUCCAUGAGAUGACCCACCUCGACUAUUUCACUAAUCGUGCACCUCCACCAAGCACAGUAGGGCCCCCAGUUGACGAUCUAAGGACAGUGUACAACAGCCGGGGAAGCAAGGUGGAGAGCCCCGUUUAUGGUCCGCAACUGGCAAAGGUCUUAGCGAAUUGGCAUACAAAUCGAGGUGCCUUCUACACGACAAGGAACGCUGACAACUACGCUUGGUAUGCUAUGACCAAAUACGUGUGGAAAUUGUUGGGUCUUAACCCCUUUUUCAAGGACCAAUUACCCCGAUGGACCUUCAGCUCGAAACAUAAGACCGCUAGCAGCCCCGAAGAAUCGCGACGCUCAGAAAGUUACUAG